AUGCCGGGGGCUUCGGCCUCUCGCCCGAGUCUCUUCCAACACUACGAAGACGAUCGCCCUCCUAGCGCCGACCAAACGGAUCGUGAAACCGACACGCUGAUGGCAAACAAAACAGAAAGCAAAGGCAGCAAAGAAGAAAACAACAAGGCGGAGAGUAAGAAGGGUGGUUGGCUGGGCGGCAUCCUGACCAAGCUGUCUCUACGUGCCCCCAACCAAAUGAUCCUACCAGACGACAAGAACCCCACAAUCGUGUGGGACGAAACGACUAAGCGGUGGGUAAAUCGGGACUCACCCGAUGACGAGCCUAGUGCCCCCCCGCCCCCUCCGAAGAUGACGCCUGCGCAACCAGUAACAUCGACGCCGCUUCAGUCGCCUAUGGCGGGUGGCGCACCUCCGGGCGGAUCGGGGCUGGCCCCCGGAAUCCCCGGGGCAGGGGGUGGCAAUUUGCUCAGGAUGCAGAGGGGCAGAAAUAUAAAGAAGUCGUAUGUGGACGUAUUCAAUCCAGCAGGUGCGCCCGCGCCGUCGGCGUUACCCCCUCCCGACCUCCCUCCAGCGCCACCGGCACAGGCUCCCACAUACUUUGUGCCAGCCCCCGUACCACAGAGUGGUUUCUAUGACCCCAAUGCAAUGGAACCGGAACGCAGCGCCAUCUAG